UGGUGGUUGUUGUGCCCGCGCGUUCUCUAAGCAAUUCCUUUCCUGGAAAUUUAAGGGUGGUCGUUAUUUCUAUUCGUUCCGCACGACACACGAAAAUAAAGUCAACUAAAAGUAUUAAAAGUGUAGCAGUUUGAAUAAGUGUCAAUCUAUUAAAAGCAAUAAAUUGUUCUAAAAGUUAACAUCGAAAAAAGCAAUUUGAGGAAGAAAAAAUGUUUUCACGACCAAGUCUGUGUGGAACUUUUGGGAAAUUGUGCCGCUGCGGCACUUCCACAACUGCAGCAGCAGCAGCAGGAACAACCACAUCGCCGGCUGUCUCGGCUCUGGCAUUGUGCGAGGCCCGUCGGUAUCAUGAGGUGGUGGGCGACAUCAUUUGCCCAUCGCAGGUGCGAGGCAUCGAUCACAUCCGUGAUCCGCGUCUGAACAAGGGUCUGGCGUUUACUCUGGAAGAACGCCAAGUUCUGGGCAUCCAUGGCCUGCAGCCGGCGCGCUUCAAGACGCAGGAAGAGCAGCUACAGCUGUGCAAAAUCGCCGUGAAUCGCUACACAGAGCCGCUCAACAAGUAUCUGUAUCUCAGCGAUCUGCACGAUCGUAACGAGCGGCUCUUCUUCCGCUUCCUCUCGGAGAACAUUGAGGAUCUAAUGCCCAUUGUGUACACGCCCACCGUGGGCCUGGCCUGCCAGCGCUUCGGCUUGAUCUAUAGGCGUCCCCACGGCCUGUUUGUCACCUUCAAUGAUCGCGGGCACAUCUUCGAUGUGAUGAAGAACUGGCCGGAGCCAAACGUGCGUGCCAUUUGCGUGACCGAUGGCGAGCGCAUCCUUGGACUGGGAGAUCUUGGUGCCUGCGGCAUGGGCAUUCCCGUGGGCAAGCUGGCCUUAUACACGGCCCUCGCUGGCAUCAAACCGCACCAGUGCCUCCCCAUUGUAGUCGAUGUGGGCACCAACAACAUCGAUUUGCUGGAGGAUCCCCUGUAUGUGGGUCUGCGCCAGAAGCGUGUGGUCGGACGCGAGUACGACGACUUCAUCGAUGAGUUCAUGGAGGCGGUGGUGAAGCGCUACGGGCAGAACACCCUCAUCCAGUUCGAGGACUUUGGCAAUCACAAUGCAUUUAGGUUCCUGGACAAAUACCGCAACAACUACUGCACCUUCAACGACGAUAUCCAGGGCACAGCCGCCGUGGCUGUGGCUGGAUUGUAUGCCUCCAAGCGCAUCACCGGCAAGUCCUUCAAGGACUACACCUUCCUGUUUGCCGGCGCCGGUGAGGCUGCCAUCGGUAUUGCCGAUCUAGUCGUCAAGGCCAUGGUGGCCGAGGGCGUGCCCAUCGAAGAGGCUUACCAUAAGAUCUACAUGGUAGAUAUCGACGGUCUGCUGACGACCACCCGCAAAGUGGGCAACCUGGAGGGUCAUAAAGUGAACUAUGCCAAGGACAUUGAACCCAUGGCGGAUCUCGAGCAGAUUGUAUCGGCCAUUAAGCCAAAUGUACUCAUUGGCGCAUCGGCCUGUCCCGGCCUGUUUACGCCCAAGAUCCUACGCACCAUGGCGGACCACAACGAUAGGCCCGUUAUAUUCGCCCUCUCCAAUCCCACCAGCAAGGCGGAAUGCACCGCCGACGAGGCAUACCAUAACACGGAUGCUCGCGUGAUCUUCUCGUCGGGCUCGCCCUUCCCACCGGUCAAAGUGGGCGACAAGACGUACUAUCCGGGCCAGGGCAACAAUGCUUAUAUAUUCCCGGGCGUCGGUCUGGGCGUUAUCUGCACGGGCACGCAUCACAUACCCGAUGACAUGUUCCUGAUUGCCGCCCAGGAGUUGGCCAACUUUACGGAGUCCAGCGACAUUGAGCGCGGCUCCCUGUACCCGCCGCUGGAGAACAUCCGUGAUGUGUCCAUGAACAUUGCCAUUGGUGUGACCAAGUGUGCCUACGACAAGGGUCUGGCAUCCACCUAUCCGGAGCCGCAGGACAAGCGCAAGUGGCUGGAGGAUCAGCUGUAUAAUUUCAACUAUGAGUGCUCGAUGCCCGUGACCUGGACCUGGCCGCGCAUGCCCUACAUUAAGACUCGUGAAUUAGUGCCCACCAAGCUCUAUGGAAAAAAAAAAAGCGAAGAGAUUCUAUAAAUUAGACAACCAAACCCCCAAGCAAGCAAUCAACCAACCAACCCACUACCAACACGACCGCCUAGAACAAUUGGCCAAACAGACAGCAAGCUAAACAGCUCCGAGAACUGGUGAGAGCACAAGCCCCCUAAAAACGACCCCAAAAAGUAAAGCAACUAAUUUGCAGCCUUUAAUAUCCGUUUAGAACACCCAACUAAGUUAUAGAGACUAUGAUUCGUGUUUUGUUUAGUUGUCCCACGUGUAUCCUGUGUGGGAUAUCCGUGCGGGCAUACAUAUAUCGAGUAUGUUUGUUGUUGAGCCAUGUCUGAUAUUUAUUAACGCAGUUAAGCAGCUUUUGUUAUAAUUUAUUGUUACACAAGGUCAGCAUAAAUGUACUACUACUCGUACUAUCAAUGAUAUAAUAUAAUGAAACCCCCAUCCCCCAAUCGAUCGGACCGAUUCAGCCACUGUACAAUUGACUAGAUUUGAUGAUGUGCUAUAAACAAUAAAAAUUAAACAACAGAAAU